AUGCCUCACAAAUUAAGAGAGGUCCUGUCUCCAUUAAAGGAUGGAAUUGUUGCAAACUGGGACAUUGUUGACAACAUAUGGGAUCAUGCCUUCAGUUGUUUCAUUUUAUGGCAUAUGUUGCUGGAGUUUAUAAUUGUAAUGAUGCUUGGGCAGCUCAUGGAGAUUGAUAAAAAUAUUUGCGGAUCUUUGGUGAACACUAAGUUCAAAUUGUGCAUAUAUAGCAAAUUGUUGCAGCAUGACCUCAGGGAGAAAAGAAACAUACAAGAAUUGAGUGGUGUUUUUGUAUUUAAUGUUCCUGAAAGAGACUAUCUAGAUAGGCCAACUGCUAGGCUCAUAAAAGAAUUUCACCGCAUCGAGAGUAUGUUUUUUAACAACCAUUUUGAUGCAACAAGAUUUAGCAUAUGGGACAAGUCAAGCAUGGAUAUAAAAUAUGCAAGUAGAUUAACAUCUUUUUGA